AGACUCCCAAGCCCCGCCUCCCCCUCUCAGUUCAAAAUGGCGGCGGCUGUGGAAGACAUGGGGUCUGACUGAGGAGGCGGCCGGGGUUCCCCCUGUGCUGUCCCUACUGGGUUUAGGGGGCUGGGGACAGCGGCGUGGGGCUGGUGGUGAGUUGUUUUGGUAAGCAGACAUUUGGACAGCAAAAUGACCUCCAUUAUCAAGUUGACUACGCUCUCAGGGGUGCAGGAGGAAUCUGCUCUCUGCUAUCUGCUGCAGGUAGACGAGUUUCGUUUUUUAUUGGACUGUGGCUGGGAUGAGAAUUUUUCAAUGGAUAUCAUCGAUUCUCUAAGGAAAUAUGUACACCAGGUUGAUGCAGUGCUACUUUCUCACCCUGAUCCUCUACAUCUUGGUGCUCUCCCAUAUGCAGUUGGAAAAAUGGGUUUAAAUUGUGCUAUUUAUGCAACCAUUCCUGUGUAUAAAAUGGGACAAAUGUUUAUGUAUGAUCUCUAUCAGUCUCGCCACAAUACAGAAGAUUUCACUCUCUUUACAUUGGAUGAUGUAGAUGCAGCUUUUGAUAAAAUACAGCAGCUCAAGUUCUCUCAGAUUGUGAACUUGAAAGGGAAAGGGCAUGGUCUUUCUAUUACACCACUGCCGGCUGGUCACAUGAUAGGAGGCACAAUUUGGAAGAUUGUCAAAGAUGGAGAAGAAGAAAUUGUUUAUGCUGUUGACUUCAACCACAAGAGGGAGAUCCAUUUAAAUGGAUGUUCUCUGGAAAUGUUGAGCAGGCCUUCGCUGCUUAUCACAGAUUCCUUUAAUGCUACUUAUGUACAACCCAGACGGAAGCAAAGAGAUGAACAACUGUUAACCAAUGUCUUGGAGACUUUGCGAGGUGAUGGAAAUGUGUUAAUAGCCGUGGAUACAGCAGGCAGAGUUCUGGAACUUGCCCAACUUCUUGAUCAGAUUUGGAGAACAAAAGAUGCAGGAUUAGGAGUCUACUCUUUAGCACUUUUAAAUAAUGUCAGCUACAAUGUAGUGGAGUUUUCUAAAUCACAGGUUGAAUGGAUGAGUGACAAACUGAUGAGGUGUUUUGAAGACAAGAGGAACAAUCCAUUUCAAUUCCGCCAUCUCUCAUUAUGUCAUAGUCUUUCUGACCUGGCUCGAGUGCCUAGCCCAAAAGUCGUGCUUGCCAGCCAGCCUGAUUUGGAAUGUGGGUUUUCAAGAGAUCUCUUUAUACAGUGGUGUCAGGAUUCCAAAAACUCUGUCAUUUUAACUUAUAGGACCACACCUGGGACGCUAGCACGAUUUCUUAUAGAUAACCCUUCUGAAAAAGUUAUAGAUAUAGAGUUGAGGAAACGUGUCAAACUUGAAGGGAAGGAACUUGAGGAGUACCUAGAAAAGGAGAAACUAAAGAAAGAAGCAGCUAAAAAGUUAGAACAGUCCAAAGAGGUAGAUAUUGAUUCCAGUGAUGAGAGUGAUGUUGAAGAGGAUAUUGAUCAGCCAUCAGUGCAUAAAACUAAACAUGACUUGAUGAUGAAAGGUGAAGGAAGCCGAAAAGGAAGCUUCUUCAAACAGGCCAAGAAGUCUUAUCCGAUGUUUCCAGCCCCAGAAGAAAGAAUUAAAUGGGAUGAAUACGGGGAGAUUAUCAAGCCUGAGGAUUUCCUAGUUCCAGAGCUUCAAGCAACUGAAGAAGAAAAGAGUAAAUUAGAAUCUGGUCUGACAAAUGGAGAUGAGCCUAUGGACCAAGAUUUAUCAGAUGUUCCUACCAAAUGUAUUUCAGCAACAGAAUCAAUGGAAAUAAAAGCCAGAGUUACAUACAUAGACUAUGAAGGACGCUCAGAUGGUGACUCCAUUAAAAAAAUCAUUAACCAGAUGAAGCCACGACAGUUGAUCAUUGUCCACGGUCCACCUGAGGCCAGCCAGGACCUUUCAGAGUCUUGCAGAGCUUUUGGUGGGAAAGAUAUUAAAGUUUAUAUGCCUAAAUUGCAUGAAACUGUAGAUGCAACCAGUGAGACUCACAUCUAUCAGGUCAGGUUAAAAGAUUCUCUGGUCAGCUCCCUUCAGUUCUGUAAAGCGAAAGAUGCAGAACUAGCUUGGAUAGAUGGUGUCCUGGACAUGCGGGUUUCAAAAGUGGACACCGGAGUCAUUCUGGAAGAAGGAGAACUGAGAGAAGAUGGAGAAGACUUGGAAAUGCAAGUGGAUAUGCCUUCUUCUGACUCCAGUGUUAUAGCACAGCAAAAGGCUAUGAAGAGUUUGUUUGAUGAUGAUGAUAAAGAAGUAUGUGAGGAGAGUGAGAUCAUUCCUACUCUAGAACCACUGCCACCACAUGAGGUUAUUGGACAUCAGUCUGUUUUCAUGAAUGAGCCAAGACUGUCUGAUUUUAAACAAGUUCUUCUGCGAGAAGGAAUUCAAGCUGAAUUUGUAGGAGGGGUGCUUGUGUGCAACAACCUAGUGGCUGUUCGUAGGACUGAAACAGGGCGCAUUGGAUUGGAAGGCUGUCUUUGCCAGGACUUCUAUAGAAUAAGAGAUCUUUUAUACGAGCAAUAUGCCAUUGUCUAAAGGAGAUGCUGUGAAGAUGUCUUUACUUGAACUUUAAAAGAUAGUGGAGAUUUCUACCUUUUUAUUUUUGUGGGUAUCUUUUUGUAAUUUUCUAAUUUCUACAGAGAAUACUGAUUCUUCAGAAAAGUUAGACAUCAAAAUCCAGUAAACUAACCUAAACAGGUAAAUAAUUGCUACCACAGUUCUAUGUAAGACAUCUCUUGGUACAUUCCACAUUGUUGGCUUUCAAACUGUUAAAGAUUAUUGUUGCAAAUACCAUUGGUAUGCUAUAAUUGAGAUUGACAGUUUCCUUUAUGAACUUUCUUCCAAGAAGGAUUUAACUAGUCAUAAACAUACUCUUUGACAUGACAUGGCAUUCCAAGUCUCUGCCUAAGAAUGCAAAUGUAUAAAAAGAAUCAAUUUUCCUAUUUUAAAAAUAUAAGAAAGGGUUGUCUUUGAUUUUUGUGGGGGAGGUUCUUCUACUGAACAGUAGAAGUUUCAGUAAAAAGUUUCUAGGCCAUUGAAAAUUGGCCAAGUGCUUAAUAGUGACUUUCCUGCAAUGGUUAAUAUGCACCCUUGUUAAUACUGUAACUGCUUCAUGCUACUGAUUGAUACAGUACAUCAUAAGAUAUUGUGAAAUAAAAUUUCAGUUUCCUGGGUCAAAAAGCCAGCUUUAAAAUGUUAUAAGGUACUUUAAUACAAAAUGACUGGAAAAACAAAAGUUGUCUGACAGAUCUGCUAACCACAUGUUUUUGCAUUUUCUAGCUACUGUAUAUGUAUAACUUCUAGUUGUUGCAAUCUGUUAUGCCAAUUAUACUUCUCUUUUGAGAAUUUUGAUUUUAAUACUUUCAAGAAAAAAAACACCUGCAUUCUGUAAUUCUUAUAAUAAGCAGUGCACAGUGAGCUAAGUUCAGGAAGGUAUUCUGUCCUUAAGUCUGAAUUCUUCGCUUUGUGGAUUUAUCCCCUUGGUACGAGGUUUCAUACUACUUGUUUUUCCUAUUGCUGGCAGUGGGAUUACAGCCACUGGUACCAAAAUUUGUUAGAUUUUUAGUUGAAUAUGAACAGUCUUGGGUCACUUAACUUCUUACAUUUCUGAAUUGAAAACUGUGAUGGAACACAUGCAGAGCACUGGUCUAUUCAUGAGAAAUUACUUUUUUAUUCUCGACCUUCGGUUUUAACCAGUGUUUGAAAUUAUUCUUUGUUUAUUACGACGACGGUGUCUUAAACUUGUUCAGCCUUCAUUUGUUUAUUUUAAAAAAAAGGCAAACAAAACUUUUAAUGAAAUAUGGGCAAAAACCAGCUCUGUGAGCUGCUGCUGAAGUGAACAUUAGUUUGUUGUUCAUUCUUGACUAUUAGGCAUUUUAUAGCUAUUCUUCAAGUUGUCUGUUUAUAGUGUUUUAAGUUCCUAUUCCAACUUUUAAAGAAAACUGGGAUAAGCAUUCAGAAACUUCUGAUACUAGAUGUAAAAAUGUGUAAUGCAUUCUAAAAUAUGAUUUAGAGGAAAUUUAUGUAUUUUGAUGCACACAAAUUCCUGACUAGAAAUAAUGAGAGAUCUGUAGUACUUGGGGGCUGAACCCAAGUUUCUUCAUUCUCCUCUCCUUGCUUACCACCACUUCAUGGAAUUUGGAGGAAAUACCAUGAAGGAAUUUUAAGUAAGUAGGCUUUUUUUAUGGGAAAGAAAUGUAGGACCACGCCUUUUAAUAUAAAAUGUAAUGAAGAUUUCUAUAAUCAUCAGUCCCCAUAACCUAAGUUGAGGUUUACCUUGAAGCUAAAUGACUUUCUUGUGGGUGAAAGGCUAAUUUUUAUUCCUUCUGCUUUACCUCAACUCAAAUACACUCUAUCAAAGUUGAAAAUCUACUCCUCCCCCACCCCCUUGGGCAAUAUUGAGAAUUGUUUAAGGCAAAAGAUUCAGGGAAGCCUUUGCAAAUAAGUUUUAACAGCGGGAAGGAGAAUAUGCCCAGUAUUAAACUGGAAUGGAAAGGUUCUUAUGAGAACACUUGAGAGCAAUCCUUUGGUAAAACUAUGCUGGAAAAUUGAGAUGUCUGGUACCCCUGAUCUAAUUGUAAUUGUAGUCAGACACUUCUUCAUUUGAUAUAAACAAGCAAAGAGACAACCCCUUUGGGUCCCAACUGUCAGAAAAGUUCUACCAUAAAACUCAUUGCUACUCUGCUGAAUCAAAAGCACUCUGAUGUAGCAAGGCACAAAAAAGUGUGUGAAUUUUCCAGUUGGGAAAGGAAGCAUUUUGCCUUUGGAGAACAUUUUAAGGUCAGGCAUAAGUUUUUGGGUUUUUUUUUUUUUUUUUAAAGGUUUUUCAGUAAGAUUCAAGAUAGAAGCAGCUAGAAGCUUGUAUAGUACUUUACACUCCAUGGUUGUUACUGAUAUUUUAUUUUUUAAAAUUUGUUAAAUUAAUUUAAAGCCUUUAUGCAUAGAAAUCUGUUAAAGACAUCUGUCAAGUCAGGAGGAUGAAAUCAGUUUUUUUGUUUUGUUUUGUUUUUUAGUUCAUACGAAGCACCACAAUGUUUGGUUUUUUUCCACCCUUUAAAAAUAAUGGUUGUUGGGGAGGGGUUGGUUUUUCUUUUUAAUUGGAUGGUGAUUUGAGGUAUAGGGCUCAAUCCCCAAAUCAUCUGUGUCACGGAUUACUAUUUAAAUUAAUGGAAGUUCCAAGUGCGCUGUGCACACAGUAAAUGACAUUACUCAUCAAAAUAUUUUAAAAUGUUUAGAAUUUUGUAAACUAUCAGUGUAAGGUAAGUUAUAAAUAUGGAGGUCUAAAGACCUUUUCCUGUGUUACAGAGAAGCUUUCUGGUUGAAAAGACAUCUGAGUUUAAAGAAUAAACAUUUUUGGUUCAAAAGCAAGUGUUCAUCAUUCUGAGGCUCUGUUUUGUAAUAGAAUCUGUAGAAUAGUGACUCCUGAGUCUGGUAUACCCAGAAUUGGGCAAUUAACUGGACCUAACAUCUAGAUAUACUCAUUUUUAGAAAAUGCUGCUUUUUUCUCUCUCUCUGUUUCCAGCAAGGUUGAAUACACCCAUGUAAUAAGUGAAGCUUUUUAUAGAGAAUUUUCUGUGGUGAAGUCUGUUUCCUCAAGGUACAAGGCCCAACUAGACUAAACUUCUUACUUUGUGUGAGAUAAUGGUUGGUACACAUUAUGAAUUAUUGAUGUUUAUCAUAUUGCAUGACCCAUCAUGGCCAAAUUAUGGAAGAGAUAAUUGCAUUCUGCCUGCCUAAAUUCCCCUAAUUUUAUAAGUUACUUUUCACUUCCCUGCCCUAAAAAUUAUUUUGUGUACCAUUGCCUUGUUGUCACAUUGUACUGCAAAGAUGGUUGCAUUUCAGUGGUGGCUUUAGAUGAUCCAGGUCUUUUUGUGUGCAACACUUUGAUAUUAGUAAACAGUGGGGGGGAAAGAUUUAGAGAAAAAAUAUAUGCAAUAUAUAUAGAUAGAUAGCUAGAUACUGCUGGGGAAUCUUUCCUUUCAAGGGAGCCAGGUUUAGUUCCUGGCAUAUAGUUAGCUGAGUUAACAAAAAUUUGGUUGGUACUCCUCAGGCAGAGCUCCAGGGCUAACAACUAGAUGUGAAUAUUUGUUUAGUGAGGGUAGUUUUGACAUAUCUAGUGAGGAACGGGAGACUGAAAUUUCCAGAUCUACCUCCAAAGCCAAGUGUCCAGUUGUCUUUGAAGAAUGUUCCUAGUGUUGGAAAGAAUUUAGGAAUUAGUGAACAGAAGAUGAGAACUUGUUCCCACUAAAUAAGUCAGCCAUAUUCUUAAAUACUGAGAUUCUUUUAUACUACAAACACUCAUGACAUAGAAAACCUUAAGGAAGAUAUUCUUGUGCUGGUGGGUGGUUCCUAGCAUCUUUCCUCCACUUUUUAUUUCCCCAGAAACAUGCUUAACCCCUAUAAUUAUUCAUUAGCUAUUUUACAUUUGUAUUGUAAAUAUGUAUAUAAUGUAUAUUUAGAUUUGCUACCUAGCAAAAAUGCAGAAGAGGAUAAGUCUUAAAACAGGGGUCCUCAAACUUCAUUGCACUGCGACCUUCUGACAACAAAAAUUACUACACAACCCCAGGAGGGGGGACUGAAGCCUGAUCCAGGGUGAGGGGGCCAAAGCUCAAGCCCCACCACCCGGGGCGGGGGGGUAAAGUGGAAGGCCAAGGGCUUCAGUCCCAGGCUGAUGGGAUAUAAUCUCAACCCUGCUGCCCCGGGCCAAAGCAAGUCUAAGCCAGCCCUGGUAACCCCAUUAAAACAGGGUCGCGACCCACAGUUUGAGAACCGCUGUCUUAAAAAAUGCAUUUUUAAAAAUCCAUGGAUGGAGAUUUGGGGGACUAGAUUUUAAUCCUACUGUGCACCAUCAAACUGUACACUCAUGGACAAUGAUAAUUUGCCACUGUAAUGUUACGUAAAAUAAACUACAGUUGUUUUUCCAAGUGA